AUGGAGGCUGUCUGGGACUACACCUUCAAGAAGCUCGGGAUUGUCAAUCCUGCGGACCACAAGGUUCUACAAACUGAAGCCGCUCUAAAUCCUUCUCGCAAUCGUGAGAAGAUGGUCGAGAUUAUGUUUGAGAAGUAUGGCUUUGCUGGAGUGAACGUAUCCGUGCAGGCCAUUUUAGCGCUGAACUCGCGUGGCUUGCAGUCAGGCUUUGUGGUUGAUUCUGGAGAUGGGGUCACUCAUUUGGUACCGGUUACUGAAGGCUAUUUGGAGCCAGCACUGGUUCAAAGAGUAAACUUGGCAGGGAGACAUGUGACAGAGCAGCUCAUGAAGCUUCUUGUAGGUCAAGGGCAUCCUUUGAACUCUACAACUGACUUCGAGACUGUUCGCGAGGUCAAGCAGAAAUUGUGUUAUGUGGCUUACGAUCCGGAAGCCGAGAAAAAACUUGCAAGAGAGACAACGCUUGUUGACAGGCAGUACGUGCUGCCGGACAGUCGCACAAUGCGAGUUGGGGCUGAACGUUUCAUGGCGCCUGAAAUCUUGUUCAACCCAGCUUUGGCUGGGCAUGGAGAUGCGGAUGGGUUGGCCGACUUGGUUUUCAACACCAUCAGGAAAUCUGACAUCCAUGUUCAGAAGGAUUAUUUCCAGCAGAUCCUGCUGUCUGGCGGAACGACAAUGUUUCCAGGGAUGUCUUCAAGACUUGAAAAGGAUCUCAAGGCUCUCUACCUGAAGAAUGUACUUCGUGGAGACACCUCACGUGCCAGUAAAUUCAGGGUUCAUGUGGAGGCAGAUCCGAUGGAAACUCAGUUUGUUGAUCUGCCUGACUCCAUACUUUGCCAAGUGCAGCAUGUGGCAAGCCAAGAUCAAUUGAGGAAGUCCUUGAAAAGAACGCAUGAUAUCUUCGUUGGAAAUGAAGAGCUCAAGCGUGUUGAGGACGGCCGAGGCACAGACAUGAUGCUCCGAAUGAAAAUGCAUGAUGAGUAUGAACACAUUCGGGAUGUGCCGGAACAGGUGACCGAUGAGAAUGCUGUGUUGCCAUUCCUGCGCAGCGCUCCUGCUGAUGAUGCGACAAGAGAGGCUCUGCCUUCAUCAAUCACGCAGAUGCUGACGGAUGGGGAAACUGGCCAAAAAUCUGGUCCUGCAGUCGGACCGGUGAUGCCACUAGUGCCCAAAGUUUCUGGAGAUCCUUCGACACAGAUUCAGGUGCGUCCCCUUCGAGAGCGUCCUGAAAUUCCGAAGCCCAUAUGGCAUCCACCGUGGAAGUUGAUGAGGGUUAUGUCGGGACACGAAGGCUGGGUACGUACAGUUGCAGUGGAUCCGACAAAUGAAUGGUUUGCAUCCUCUGGGAACGAUCGCCUCAUUAAGAUUUGGGAUUUGGCAAGCGGCACGCUGAAAUUGUCUUUGACAGGGCAUGUCAGCACAGUCCGGGCUGUGGCAAUUUCUGACAGGCAUCCGUACCUAUUCAGUGCUUCCGAAGAUUGUGAAGUGAAGUGCUGGGAUUUGGAGCAGAACAUGGUGAUUCGAAACUACCAUGGGCACCUUAGUGGCGUCUACUGCCUCGUUCUGCACCCCACCUUGAAUAUCCUUGCAACAGGUGGUCGAGAUGGUUCCGUGCGCAUUUGGGACAUGCGGACGAAGACUGGCAUUUUUGUAUUCACCGGUCACACCAAUGCCAUUUGCUCAUUGGCAUCACAGGCUUCUGAGCCGCAAUUCAUCAGCGGCUCCAUGGACAGAAUGGUUCGGCUAUGGGAUUUGGCAGCUGGCAAAUGUGCUGUUACAUUGACCAAUCACAAGAAGAGUGUGAGGGCUCUGGCAAUCCACCCGACGGAAUACACUUUUGUCUCGUGCUCUUCAGACAACAACAAGGUGUGGAAGUGUCCCAAAGGGGCUUUCGAGCGCAACAUUCAGGGCCACAAUUCCAUUGUCAAUUGCUGUACAAUCAGAGAAGGGCAGCAGGGCUCAUCACAGCUCAUCGCUGGCACGGACAACGGCUAUUUGCAUUUCUGGGAUUGGAGAAGUGGCCACAAGUUUCAGAGCUUGGAGGCCAUCCCACAGCCUGGCAGCAUGAGUGCAGAGAAUGCGAUCUUUGACAUGGCGCUAGACCAGAGCGGAAGCCGCCUAAUCACUGCGGAGUGUGACAAGACUGUCAAAAUCUACCGGGAGGAUCCCAAUGCAACUCCGGAAACGCAUCCUUUGAAUUGGAAGGCACCCAAGCUAAAUGCGGAUCACCGCUACUGAGCGUGGAGCAUGUCUGUUUGCCUACAACGCAGUCAACGAUCCGAGUUCGUGCCUGCAC